CUGGGCUGCUCAGCUCGGUUAGAGCUAAAAUCAGGCGCAAGAUUAUCAAUCUGUUGAUUACGUAAAGAUGGCUCAACUCCUCAAGAACGUCCGCAUCAUCCGAAAUUUCUCCUUGACAAUCAACAGGCACUUUAGUGCUGCCAAGGAGACGGAAGUUGAGCUGGACUACCUCAAAGGUGAUAAGGAGGGAGUUGCUGUCCUUGCUCUUAAUCGUCCAAGUGCCAAAAAUGCCUUCUCACAGUCUCUCGUGGAUAAGCUGAUACAAUCCGUGGAUACCAUCUGGCAUGAUAAGAAUGUCCGUGUCGUUGUUCUCCGGAGCUUAGUUCCGGGUGCUUUCUGUGCAGGAGCUGAUCUCAAGGAACGUGCUAGGCAAUCUCCUGAAGAGACAGUGAGAUUUGUAAAGAAACUCCGCGGGAUUCUCAUGCAAAUUGAACAACUCCCAAUGCCUGUAAUUGCUGCUGUUGAUGGAUUUGCUCUUGGGGGAGGAUUGGAAAUGGCACUAGCAUGUGAUAUUCGUUGUGCUUCUGCAGAUGCCAAAAUGGGGCUUGUGGAGACACGCCUGGCCAUCAUACCGGGAGCUGGAGGUACGCAGAGACUCCCACGAACGGUGAGCCCUAGCCUGGCGAAGGAAUUAAUCUUCACAGCGAAGGUUUUCACGGGAACUGAGGCAAAGGAGAUGGGUAUCUGCACACACACAGUGCCCCAGAAUGAAACCAAAGAUGCAGCUUUCCAGAAAGCUCUGCAAAUUGCCACAGAAAUCCUCCCCAAUGGCCCUGUUGGGGUGAGAAUGGCCAAGAAAGCCAUCAACAAUGGAAUUCAGGUGGAUAUUAGCACUGGAUAUGCCAUUGAGGAAGCUUGCUAUGCUCAAGUUAUGCCAACAACUGAUCGUCUUGAGGGCUUGAAAGCUUUUGCUGAGAAGAGGAAGCCCGUCUACAAGGGAGAAUAGGGGCAGGACAAUCAACAAAGUCUUAAAUCGAAUUAUCAAGAAUACCGUCUCUUGGGGGGAAUUUGGUUUGGAAGUGGGUGGGAGGAAGAAGCAAGCAUGGGUACGGUACAACAGAGGAAAAGGCCACAUAAUGUGAUAAAAAGUGCAUUUAAUGGGAAGAAUUUUGGUGUAAAAUAAAAAUCAUAAUUAAACAUCCAGAA